AUGACUUCGGUCUCUACUUCAUCCGUAGAAUCAUUUGACGGCGCGUCAGAUACUGAUGUUGCUUGGAUUCUGUCUUCCCCGCCUCCCACUGGACAGACGUCAGAGUAUCUCAAGCGCGUAUCGACGCCGGGGCUAAACGAGCCUGCGAAGCAUCCGCGCUUCUACUACAAAGACGGCUCGCUCACGUUCUGGAUGAACGAUGUCGUGUUUCGUGUCCACGGGUCUAUCUUCGCGUCUCUGUCGCCCAUCUGGGCGAAGAGACUUGAAUCGGUAGAGACUAUGGACAUAGUGGGACGGGACAUCGGUGUGUCGGCGUCUGAGCUAUCUAGUUUUCUCUCGAUUCUGUACCCCAGGGGCUUUUACACGCCUGAACUGAACUCUGUCACGGAAUGGAUCUCUACGCUGCGGCUCGCUAGCAUCUGGGCUUUUGAUGGUAUCCGGGAGCUCGCUAUCCGGGAACUUGACGGUCGUCUACCGCCUCUUCAACGGCUCGUGCUAAGCCGGGCGUACGACAUACCGAGCUGGCUUCCGGAUGCCUUCGUCAACUUGAUCUUACGUGAAGCUUCUCUCUCAAUGGCCGAGAUGAAGAUGUUGGAAUCAAACAUCCAGGACAUUGCCCACAUCACCAGCGGCAGAGAGGCUGUCCUGUGCAGGAAAGUCUCGGCCAACGCACGCUCUGUGCGCGCCCAUGUCUUGAAGCAUAUCGUUCAGAUACCUGCACAAUCUGAAAAGGAGUCGCUUCCCGCACCCACCAAAUCUUCUGUGACAGAACCUGCACAGACCUCAGUCGAAGCGGCCCCCGCGGCGGCCGAGACGACCAUGACACCACAAACUCUUCCAUCCGCGCGUCCUGAUGAUACCAACACCCAAUUCACCUUCGAGGAGUCUCAAGCGCUGAAGACCGCGCUGUCGAACUACGACUACGACACAGCGAUUCAAUACGCUCGUGUCGAAACCCUCCCGGUCUUCUGCGAAGCCAUCGCUCUAUCCGUAGACGACCUCGACUGGUUGUCUAACUACGAGAAGCUCACGUUCGCCAUCGUGAGGCUCGUUGUUCUCGACGCGUCUUCUCACCAAAGGUCGCUUCGCUUGCUUGAGUUCCUGGCUGUCAUAUCCGAGCCUAAGAAGGGUUUGUUCCGCAAAUACAAGGCUUUACUCAAAGCUAUUGUGGAGGAGCUACGCGAUACCUGGCGUCAUAUAGACGUUUGUGGGUAUAUCACUGAUGAAUCCGUCAGGCGAUUGGCCUCCUUCGACGGCCACGCGAAGGCCUUCAAAGUGCUCGGUCCUCGAGACUUCCUCGUGGCAUUCCCUAGCGUGUGUAUUCAGAGGAGUUUGAACCUAAAGCCUUUCAUAGCAGCGCUCGGAGAGGAGACGUUUGUGGAGUAG